AUAUGAUGUCAUUUGACAGUCAUAGAUAAACUUAGUCAUCGGACGCUGCUCGAAGUUUUAGUUUAUUUACUGCGUUCCUUUUGGUGGAUCUUCUGUACUGCCCGACGUCGCAGCUGUGGCAUUGUGAUUGUGGCUUGUCCGUACACGUACAGUCACCGAUCGUCUGUUCUUUUUUUACACGAAUAAUUAAAAAUAUACCCUGGAGAUCGAAUGACCAAAUGGCUGUGGCGUGGCAUGUUCAUCUCGACUGUGACGAUUUUCUACAUCUUCAUCAGAUAUCAAACAGGAGUGUCUUUACUCUCAUUCCAGGGUGGAGUUUCUUUCUUGGAUGAAGUCUUGUCUUCUAGCGGAAUCGUCUUCGCUUCUGAUGGUGGCACCACGAUUUACACUGCUGGCAACAUCACUUUUCCUUUUUCUGGCUACUCAGCCAUAGCCGUAGACAAUAACGCUACAGUUUAUGCCUACAACAACAUUACCUUAGCCUAUACAGGCUCUCUACCACUUCAGGAGAAGGCCACUUGGGACUUGGCUGUCCAGAAAGAGUCUUUCGUCGGCAAAUUCGUUUUGUGUGAUGACCAGAGAAAAAAUGGACCCGUGAGAAGUUCCUGUAGUCUUCGAUUAACGGUCAACUCAAUAGCCAAUUCCUCCCUUGACUUCGAUUACAUUCAUCGUCGUUUGGAGACCAGGUGGGACGAUGGGUUUGAACAGCCUGAAAAAAACGGAUCUAACGGCAAAAUCAAAAAUAUUUUGGAGUGGUCGGAGAGACACCCAACGAGAACACAGCAUGGCGACCAACAGUACUUCAGUAAAUGUCCCGUGAACAAUUGUCAAAUCACUGCAAACAGAACCCUCGUGCAGCCUGACGAAGUAGACGCCAUUAUACUGAACUCAAUGAGAAUGCCAAAAAGGAGUAAAAACAGUCCUUUUCCUGACAGAAGAAGUUAUCCAAAUGCUAAGUUUGUACUUCAGUCAUCCGAGGCUCCCGACCGUGUGCCGGUCUCAGACGCACAGGUCGAUUACACCUUGGGUUACAGGAGAGACUCCGACAUCGUGGCAACGAAUAUAAUUGUACACUUAAAACCAGAGCCAACCCACCCCAAACAUGGCCAUUUGAGUAGCACCAAAACAUACGACAAACGAAGAAUGGCUGCUUGGUUUGUCUCCAACUGCCGAUCCACUCCCAGUAAUCGAAUGAGGUUGGCGCAGUCAUUGCAGAAAUACGGCUUGCAAGUUGACAUCUAUGGCAAAUGCGGUAAGCUGCAGUGCGGCCCCUGGCCCACCCGCGCGGCUGAAUGCUAUAGAAUGGUGGAGCAACAUUACAAAUUCUACUUCUCCUUUGAGAACUCUCUCUGCAAUCACUACGUUACGGAAAAAAUUUUCAACUUAUUACGGUACGACGUCAUCCCGGUGACGUACGGCCUGGGCCACGAGUUGACCGGGGCGCCGAAAGACGCCUACAUCGACGUCUUCGACUUCCCCGACGUCCAGUCGCUGGCCGCCUACCUCCUCUACCUCGACUCCAACACCACCGCCUAUAAUGAAUACUUCAGGUGGAAGCAGUUCUAUGAAGUGAACAGUUUCCUCGCGGCCGGCAGUCUUUGCAAGUUGUGUGAAAUUCUGGUGCGAGGCAUCGAACCUGAACGAGAAUAUACAAGCAUGGAAGCCUGGAGCAACGAGGGCCAGUGCAUCAACGUGGACGAAAACAGACGAUUAAGUGACUUUAUUGAGGGGAAACCGGUCACGUCUGUAUUUUCCUCACCAUGACAUCAGUUAAGACGAAGUGAACACGUUGGUAAAAAGAACAAAGUGCUGGUAGUAAGUCUAAUCAUUUCAUUUGUGCUACUCAAAAUCUAUAGCCGCAACGAAAAUUACUUGAUCUUCAAAUGCUAAUACUUGUCGUUCAUCAUGUAUUGAAUCAUGUUUAUAUCGCUAAUCGGCGAAAAUGAUACAACCUACUUUCUUUGAUCUAAUGUCUAGAGAAAUUUUUUAAAAAUUCCUAGGAGUUAUGCUGUUUAGAAUUUAGAUCGAUAAAAAAUGGCAGGAGAGUAGUAGAUGUGUCAAGACAUCAUCUGGAACGAUGUCCAUUUUAAUUUUCCAUGUAAUAAAUAUGGCACAAGCCUGAUCUAACAACUAA